AUGGAUAGACUUGAAGCUACUUAUGAAGCACUCCGUGCUACAAUAGUUAAGCAAUCAGACCAACCCGAUCUGGACCUUGACUGGGAAGCCGUUAUAGAAAAUGGCAUAACAUCACUGGCACCACCAACACCACCCCGUUUCGACCUUUUCUCUUCAUUUCCACCUGAGAUUCGAGACAUGAUCUGGAGUUUCUCACUACCCCCCGAUACGCAAGAGGUAUGCUUGCUAGAGAAAGACAACGAUGGCAUGGUCGAUACGUCCCCCAUAAUCUGGACCAAAUUCCCAGCAAUUAUGCACGUAUGCCGAGAAGCACGGAACAUAGCCAAAUUGUACCUUCAAUUUCGCCAUUGGGAAGAGGGGCAAUGUGAGUUGCCAUGUCGAAAUUUCCGCCCUGAUCUGGAUGUGUACGUUCUUACGCCACACGCUCCGUUGUCCUGUGAAAUCGCGGAGAAGCUGCGGUACGCAGCCCUUGAUGCUAAGGCAAAUAGCUACCGACAAGUCAUGUUCUUGAAUGCCCUUCCAUACCUCAAGAAUCUGGAGACGUUCUAUCUCAUGCACACUCUCCCGAUAAAAAUGGAACCUCAUCACAGAAUCCGCAAGCUAAGGCCACUAAUGAAGUCGACCCCAAACAAACUGCCUGAGCAAAUGCAGCGUGAGGUUAUCCGCUGGCGCGAUAGCCUAAAUAACCUUGCAAAGAACCGUCUAUCCACGUGGGACGACGACAUCAAGGCUGCUAUCUGGGACAAUGAAAAGCAGGUGCUCAAACUAAAUAUUGAGAUUGAGGUCUUCGUCCACUUUAACUGA